AAACCUUAAACCCCCAAACACACAAACCUUCCAACCAGAAAAGAAAGAAAAUGGUGUCAUCGGAGUCGGCGGAGGGGCUAAUCUACAACGUGAAACUGUCGUCGGUGGGGCCGGGCAGUGUGACGGGGCAAGACGUGGUUUACGAGCCAAGCAACCUGGACUUAGCCAUGAAGCUUCACUACCUGCGAGGAGUGUACUACUUCGAAAGCCCAGCCUUCGAAGGCCUCAGCGUUAUCGACAUCAAAGAGCCGCUCUUCACGCUCUUCAACGUCUACUACAUGACCUGCGGCCGGUUCCGCCGGGCCGACUCCUCCGGCCGCCCCUACAUCAAGUGCAACGACUGCGGCGUCAGAUUCGUGGAGGCCUAUUGCGAUAAGAGCUUGGAGGAGUGGGUUGAGAUGAGAGACGCCGCCCUUGAGAAGCUCCUCACUCCCAAUCAGGUCAUCGGCCCCGAGCUUUUCUUCUCCCCGGCUCUUCUUAUUCAGUAUAAUAAAUUUAAAUGCGGUGGAGUAGCAUUGGGCCUAACCUGGGCCCAUGUUCUUGGUGACGUCUUCUCAGCUACAGAGUUCAUGAACAUGUUUGGAAAAGUUGUUGCCGGUACCAAACCAGCCCGGCCCAUGAGCUUGGCCCAAACACUGACUAAGGCAACGGCCCAUCAAGAACUACCGAAAGUUCUAGAAGAUCCACUUUCCAUCAAGAAAGUUGGCCCAGUUGGAGAUCAUUGGACGGUCACCAACAAUUGCACAAUGGAGCGUUUCACUUUCUUCGUGGGGCCGUCACAAUUGGGCCAAAUGAGGUCCACAAUAGGAGACUACGGCCCAUUUGAGUUACUCUCCGCAAUCAUUUGGCAGGCCGUAGCCCGGCAUCGUAAUGGGCCUGAGCCCAAAGUGGUGACGGUUUGCAGGAAAAGCCCACAGGCCCACAUCAAAGCCGGCAAUGUCGGCAACAGCCAAGCGGUUAGUACAGUGAAACUUGGCGGCGACUCCAUCGGAGAAUCCAAUCUGGCGGAGCUCGCGAGGCUGCUGAAGCAUGAAGGCGCCGACGAGCGCCGGAAAAUCGAUGAAGCGAUGGAGAAAGAGCGCGGCGACGCAGACGUCGUGUUCUACGGAGCGAAUUUAACAUUCGUCGAUAUGGAAGACGCCGAUUUCUACGGAUUCGAAUGGAGAGGACAGAAGCCGGUGAAAGUGAGCUACCAAAUAGAUGGAGUCGGCGACGAUGGCUGCGUUUUGGUGCUUCCGGCGCCGAGACAUGUCGGAGAAGACGGUGCGAAAGGAAGGCUUGUGACUGUGAUUUUGCCGGAGAAUGAGGUGAAGGAGCUGAAAUCGGACCUCAAAAAGGAAUGGUGCAUUGCUUGAUCGAACGAAUUGAAGCUCGUUUCAUGGCGCUGCAGAUAAACUGAACACCAAAGGCCGCCAUUGUUAUGCACAGUUAAUCCUUAGGUAAGUGAGCUUUACCGUUUUACCAAACUUAUCUUGCACUUUGAACACUACAAAUUUCACGUUUUCAAUUCUCAUAGAAAAAAUUCUAAAAAUGUGAUAUGUAAGGGAUUUGAAAAUCUCGAAAUAUCUAGUGUAUUGCUGAUCUUAAAAAUUGUACUAGCGUGUUGUUUUCUUUGAACACUAUUUGUAUUCAUGCUAUGUUACCUUCUACAA